UGUAACCCACCUUUUUCCCUCCAUUUCUUUAAUCCCAACCCCAAAAAAAUGACACUUCCACUCCCUUCUUCUCUCCGAAAACCCUCAAAGCCCAUUCCUCCCCUAAAUUCCCAAACUACCCCUCCCCUCCGAUGCCUUCCAGACCCUUCCCUUCCCACCCUCCCCCGCCAAAUUCCAAAACUACCCUUCUCUUCCUCUCCCUCAUCAUCUCCUCCUCCGUCAUUUUCAUACUCGCCCUAAUCCUCCUCCUCCUCUACCUCUACUUCUCCUUCUCCGAUCGCCGUACUCGCACCCUCCCUUUUGACACAAAUGCCCCUCUCAAACUCCAGAAAUUCCCAUACAAGGACCUCAGGUCCGCCACCAACUCCUUCGAUCCCGCCAACACUGUCGGCCGCGGCGGGUCCGGCGCUGUAGUCUUUCGCGGCAUCCUCCCCGAUGGAAAAUCCGUCGCGAUCAAGGCCCUCGAUGCCGGCGGGCCGUCGGCGGCGUCGAAUUCCCAAUCGGAGCGGGAAUUCCAGAACGAGCUGCAGAUCCUGAGCUCGCUGCGGUCGCCGUUCGUCGUCACGCUCCUUGGGUACUGCUUCGAGCGGAAGAAGCGGCUGCUGGUGUAUGAGUAUAUGCCGAAUCGGAGCCUCCAGGAUGCUCUUUUCGGAGAAUCGGGAAUUGGGUUUUUGGAUUGGGAUCGACGGUUUGGAAUUGUGCUUGAUGUUGCCCGCGCUCUCGAAUUCCUGCACGUCGGGUGCAACCCGCCUGUAAUUCAUGGGGAUAUCAAGCCAAGCAAUGUGCUUCUUGGGUCGGAUUGCAGGGCGAAGGUUGCCGAUUUCGGGCUGGCGCGGAUCAAGACAGAGGGUGAAUUUGGGAUUGAGAUGUUCAGCCAGGAAUUGGGUCGGAGCCAGGAGCUGUGGAAAAGCCAGGAUCUUUCAGGGAAUCAGGCGGCGGUGUCUACAGAGAUCGGGACUCCGGCAGAAACUACAGAGGUAGAUUUUGCUCUUGCAUUGCAAGCUUCUUCUUCGAAAAGCAGUAGAAUAGAUUUCCCUGUUAGGAACCCGAAUUUGAAUUUUUGUUUGUUGAAUCCCAAUGGCAUUGUCGUAAAUGAGGGUGAAUGUAAGGGUAAUGGUAAUUUCAAGGGGAAGGAGGUGUUUGGUGGGGAAGAUUGGAGCAAGUUCGGGCCCUAUGACGAUGAGCUCGGCAGCAUCGAUCAUAGCAAGGAGUUGAGCGCGAAUGCGGUUUCUUCUCCACCAGCCGCUGUUGAUGAUCGGGCGGCCAAUUCAAAGCUAUGGGGGAGGGAUUGGUGGUGGAGACAGGACGGGAGUGGCGAAUUGUGUAGUAAAGAUUAUGUUAUGGAGUGGAUCGGGAGCCAGAUAUGCCCGUCGAGCAACCCAGAUUGGGAUGAUGAGAAGAAGAACUCCCCCAAGAAAUUGGAUUUGGAUGAUUCAAAUCAGGUUGAGAAAAUGGAUGGUGCGGAUGAAACCCAAUUCAGGGAAUUGGGUCCUGAUGAUCACAGUAAGAAAGAGGCGAAGGCUAGUGGCAGCAGCUGUAAUGGCUGUAGCAAGAAGAAGAAGAAGCAUAGGAAGAUGAAAGAAUGGUGGAAAGAAGAGUACUUUGCAGAGAUCAGCAAGAAAGGCAGCAAGCUUAGAAAACUUGAAGGAAAAUGGAAGAAAGGCUUCAAGAUGGCACAUUUCAAUUUGGGUCACAAACUCCAGCUGCGGAGGAUCGGCAGCAGCCUCCGGAAAGAGAGCCGUGGAGCUCACGACCUGAAUGCGGACAUCAGCUUCCGACAGGGAUGGAAGAAGAAGAAGAGCCGUUCGGUUGGCAGUGAUAUGUGGAGUGGGGAUCUCUUCAGCCGGGAGCUCAGUAGCACAACGAGCAUGAGGGGGACAGUCUGCUACGUCGCUCCUGAAUACGGUGGGUGUGGAUAUUUGAUGGAGAAGGCUGAUAUCUAUAGCCUUGGAGUCCUGAUACUCGUGAUUGUGUCCGGCAGGCGGCCGUUGCAUGUUCUGUCGUCGCCGAUGAAGUUGGAGAAGGCCAAUUUGAUAAGCUGGUGUCGGCAUCUAGCACACAAGGGCAAUGUGUUGGAUCUCGUCGACGACAGAUUGAAAGAUACAUACAACAAAGAUCAAGCACUUCUGUGUAUUAAUCUUGCGCUGAUGUGCUUACAGAAGAUGCCGGAAAUGCGGCCGGAGAUUGGCGACAUUGUCAAGAUUCUGAAAGGGGAGAUGGAUCUUCCGUCACUUCCAUUCGAAUUCUCACCAUCCCCACCUUCCAAGCUCUUCAGUAGGUCACGGAGAAGACCUGCGGCGGAUGCCGAGUAAGUCCUUGAUCCACUGCUCUUUUUUAAUUUAAGUGUUUGUUUUGAGCUUGUGUUGAGUGUAACAUGUAGAAGAUGAAUAUAUGAUGUGCAGCCCGCCUCUUUACAUAGCACCCAUUCCCAUGGUUCGAUAAUCCAGACUGUUGAUAUAUUGUGUCCCACCAUAGACCAUGCCACAAAAUCCCCAAAUUGGAAGAUCGGAACAAUCAAUAUUGAUAC